GUGCGGCCGGCCCUGCCCUGCCCGGCCCCGCCGCCUCUGCUCAGCCGGCCCGGCCGCACGGAGCGAGCUCUAGACCAUUAACAAGACCCCUGGGACCUACUCCAAGUACGUGACUCUCCAAGGACAUCACCCUGUUUUGGUCAUGUUCUCAGAGUUAAAGUUCCCUGUGCCCUGGGGACAUGUGGCAGCCAAGGCCUGGGGACCCUCGGAGGGACACCCUGUGCUGUGUUUGCAUGGCUGGUUGGACAAUGCCAACACCUUUGACAAGCUCAUUCCGCUGCUCCCCAGAGGUUGUUAUUAUGUUGCAAUGGAUUUUUCUGGCCAUGGUUUGUCGUCCCACCGACCUGCAGGCUGCACCUACCAUUUCCUAGAUUAUGUGACUGAUGUGCGCCGUGUGGCAGCAGCCUUGCAGUGGAGACGGUUCACCCUGAUGGGUCACAGUAUGGGUGGGGCUGUGGCAGGAAUGUUCUGUUUCCUUUACCCUGAGAUGGUGGACAAGCUGAUCCUGCUGGAAAGUCUUGGCUUUCUUCUAGCUCCAGAGGACACUGAGGCAUGGCUGAAAUCAAAACGGAGGGUGAUUGACAGACUACUGAGUCUGGAGGCAAAGGAGCAAACUCCCAAAGCACGGAGCCCCGAAGCAGCAUUGCAGAGGCUUUUAGAAGCAAACAGCCAUCUGACAGCAGAGGGUGGGGCAAUCCUGCUGCAGCGAGGAGCAACUGAGACACCCGCUGGGCUGGUGUAUAACAGAGACAUGAGAGCCCGUACGCAGAGUCGAGAGUACUUCACAGCGGAGCAGUGUGUGAAGCUCCUGCAGAAGAUCCAGGACCGUGUUCUCAUAAUUAUAUCACAAGAUGGACUCUUGGUACCGCACAACCUACCCAGCAGAAAUCACUUUGUGAAAGCCCUGCAGGAGGCAUUUGAGUCCACCCUCAAAGAGCACAUCCAACUAGCAGAAGUGCCUGGGAGUCAUUUUGUGCACCUGAACGAGCCUGAGGUAGUAUCUGGGAUCAUCAGCAACUUCCUGACAGCACAGAACACCAGGGCCAGACUCUAGGAAGCCCUCACAGCUGCAGCAGUCCAGGAAAACUGGGAGCUCACUGCAGGGUGGAAGCAGGUCUGCCAGGGGUUCUCUGAAGGAGAGCUGAGCAAAGUAUGUCAUUUGCCAAAGAGAGAAGGAAUCCUUGCUCUACUUCCAGCUCUGUGAGUACAGGGAUAGAGGCCCAGAGUCGCCUUCCCCUUGGCUUACUCCAAACUUGCACCCUGAAACGGAGCAGAACACAGGCAGAGGCAUCCUCUGUGACAGCAGCAGCACCACCAGCUUUGACACUGCAAGAGAGGUGGCUAAUCUUGCCUGCUCCCUGAGGAUGGCAUGGACACGCUGCUCCCAGGAUUUAACCUGCUGAAAAACAAGGAAAGUGUUCUGCUUACUUCCAUAGACACCUGAGCUCAGAGGGCCUCAGUGUCUCUAUUCCACUGUGAGAGCAACUGUUUUUUUUUAAAGAAUCAGCUUAAAUAAGAGCUCACCUGUGCAGAGAAGGCCAUUUUAAUAAACGCUAGAGAAUGUCCCUAAUCCUCUAGCUGGAGCAGCUGGGAGAACUACAAAUUAUGGAAAAGUUGGCAGAGAUGAUUUCUGUCCUAAAUAAAGAUUAAUGUUCUAAUGUUAA